GAUCCUGGAACUCAUGUCCAACAUCAUCCAGCUGCUGACUGGAGAGGAGUGGCAGUAUAAAAAAAGAAACAAGGACAUUAACAUGGAAGGGAUAAAGAACAAUCCCCAGCAGCUCUGCCCACCGGAAAAUAAUAUGAGCAAAGUAUUGGUUGAAGAAAAUGUUUUUACUGCAAAUGGAGAUCUCAAAAUUGCUUACAUUUCCCCAUUCAAAUGUCCCCCACCAGCCAAUGGGAUCAAAGAGGAGGCGGCUUCAUGUGAUAGGAGGAACCAAUCAGAUUGCAGCAUUAAUCCACUUACAGAACAGAUACAGGGAACAGAUACACCUACUCCUAUCAUGGGAUGCAGCCUGAAUAACAGCUUGGCAGCUAAUUAUAUAUUAAAUGGUAUUAAUGAGCAGUCAGCUUCAUAUGAAGAGGGAAACCAAUCAGAUUGCAGCAUGAAUCCACUUACAGAACAGAUAAAGGGAACAGAUACAUCUUCUCCUAUCAUGGGAUGCAGCCUGAAUAACAACCCAACAACUAAUUAUGUAUCACAUGGCAUUAAACAGGAACCAGUGUCGUAUCAAGAAAAAAAUGUGUCUGAUUUCAGAAUUAUUACCGUUUCAGAAAAAACUGCUAUCGUUGACCACAGCUUGGCAGCAAAUUACAUAUCAAAUGUUAUUAAAAAGGCACCUGCUUCAUUUGAACGGGGAAACCAUCCAGAUUAUAAUAUUAUUACAGUUACAGAACAGAAACACGGAACAGACACACCUUCUCCUAGCAUGCGGUUCAGCCCAAAUAACGACUCAGCAGUUAAUUAUAUACCAAAUGGUAUAAAAGAAGCAUCAGCUUUAUGUGAAGGGAGAAACCACCCUGAUUACAAUGUUGUUAUGGUUACAGAAAAUAUAGAAGGAACAGAUACCCCUAAUCCUAUUAUCAGAAACCACCCGAAUAACAGAUUUUCAGAAAUGAUGUGGGACGAAAAUAUGACAAACUUGAAUAAAGACACAAGUAUGUCUUAUGAAAGAGAACAUGUCCUAAAGGAGCACUAUAACUGCACGGAAUGUCUCAAAGGUUUUCCUAGAAAUGAGGAUCUUAUUAAACAUCUGGAAAGUCACACAGGAGAGCAGCCGUGUAUUUGUUCAGAGUGUGGGAUCUGCUUCGCCCAUGCCUCAGAUCUCCGUAAACAUCAGAAGACUCACACGGGAGACAAACCCAUUAUAUGUUUGGAAUGUGGGAAAUGUUUUACUCGUCGCUGGUAUCUCAGCGUGCAUCAAAAAAUUCACACCGGGGAAAAGCCGCACUCUUGCUCUGAAUGUGGGAAGUGUUUUUCACGUCGCUCACAUCUGACACUUCAUCAGUUAAUUCACACAGGGGAAAAAACAUUCAGUUGCUCCGACUGUGGUAAAUGUUUUGCCCGUCGCUCGCGCCUCACCGUCCACCAGAGAAUUCACACCGGGGAGAAGCCGUACUCUUGUUCUGUAUGCGGGAAAUCCUUCAGAGAACGCUCGGACCUCAGCGUGCAUCUGAAAGUUCACACGGGGGAAAAGCCAUACUUUUGUUCAGAUUGCGGAAAAUGCUUUACACGUCGAACCAAUCUAGCAGAGCACCAGAGAAUUCACACCGGAGAAAGAACCUUCUCUUGUUCUGUGUGUGGGAAAUGGUUUACACGCCAGUCCCGCCUUAUUUCACACGAAAAAAUCCUUAAGAGACAUCAGAAGACGCACUUAGACGGAAAUCCCUUCUCCUGUUAUGAAUGUGGGAAACGCUUUGCAAAGCGCAAGUACCUCGCAGCACAUCUAAAGAUCCACUCAGGGGUGAAACCUUUCUCUUGUUCUGAAUGCGGGAAAUGCUUUGUGCGGAGCACUCAUCUCUCCCUACAUCAGCGCGUUCACACCGGGGAGAAACCACCCUUGCUGUCCCCAGAGGAACAGGAUUUCUGGGUAGCCUCAGGGAAGGCCGACCCUAAGAAGCUGCACACGGUCUCUCAGGCCAUAAGGACUGGUCAUGUUUCCAUCUAUUUUUCCUUGGACGAGUGGGACUAUAUAAAAGGAAACAGGGAAGGGAUGAAGGGGGAGCCAAAGCAGCUCCACCCACCAGUGUGUAGCCAUGAAGAUCAGAGCACUAUUGCAGCUAAUCUGGAAGCAACAUUAUGUUAUAAUAAUGAGCCAAGCAACUUUGUGAUUGAAGAAGCAGAUUUUUGUGACAAUGAAAAUCUCACAACUCCUGAAGUUUCUCCAGCAGAACAGCCCCCAACAGCCAAUGGGAUUAAAGAGGAAGCGGCUUCAUGGGAAGGAGGAAGCCAAUCAGAUUGCAGCGUUAAUCCACUUACAGAACAGAUACAGGGAACAUAUACACCCACUAUCAUGGGAUGCAGCCUGAAUACCAGUUUAUUAGAUAAUUAUAUAUUACAUGGUAUUGCAGAGGAACCAGCUUUAUAUGAAGGAGGAAACUAUUCAGAAUAUAGUGUUAAUCUAUUUACAGGACAGAUACAGGGAACUGAUACCCCUACUCCUAUCAUGGGAUACAGGCUUAUAAAUAGCUCAAAUGAAAUGUCAAGUGCAACUCAACAAAUACGAGCAUUACAAGGAAUAUAUACGUGCUCGGAGUGCCAUCAAAGUUUUUAUCGAGAAAUAGACCUUGUUAAGCAUCAGAGGAUUCACAGUGUGGAAAAACCGUUUUCCUGUUCGGAGUGUGGGAAAUGCUUUACACUUCGCUCAAACCUUAACGCACAUAAGAAAAUUCACACGGGGGAGAGACCAUUCACAUGUUCAGAAUGUGGGAAAUCUUUUAUAUAUCAUUCAACUCUCAUUUCCCACGUGCAGAUUCACAAAAGACUUAAACCUUUUUCUUGCUCUGAAUGUGGCAAAUGUUUCACACGCCGUGCCUACCUUAAUGUCCAUCAGAUGAUUCACUCUGGGGAGAAACCAUAUACUUGUUCUGACUGUGGCAGGACGUUUACACAACGUUCAUACCUUAUUGUGCAUCAGAGAAAUCACACAGGAGAGAAGCCUUUUUCCUGCGCUGAAUGUGGGAAAUGUUUUACGCUAAGCUCAAACCUCAACGUGCAUCAGAAAAUUCACACAGGGGAGAAGCCAUACUCUUGCUCAGAAUGUGGGAAAUCUUUCACGUAUAAUUCAUCUCUUAUUUCCCAUCAACAAGUUCACAAAAGGCUAAAACCUUUUUCAUGUUCUGACUGCGGGAAAUGUUUCACACGCCGAGCCUACCUUAAUAUACAUCAGCGGAUUCACUCCGGGGAGAAACCAUUUUCUUGUUCCGUAUGUGGGAAAUGUUUUGCGCAACGCCCGUACCUUAUAGCGCACGAGAAGACGCACUCGGAUGAAAAUCCCUUCUCCUGUUCCGAAUGCGGGAAAUGCUUUGCACAACGCACGUACCUUAAAGCACAUCUAAAAAUUCACUCAGGGGAGAAAGUGCACUCUUGUUUGGAAUGUGGAAAGUGUUUUUUACUGCGCUCACGACUCAUCGUACAUCAGAAAAUUCACACAGGAGAAAAACCAUAUUCCUGCUCUCAGUGUGGCAAAUGCUUCACACGACGCGCUCAGCUUGCUCUUCAUCAAAACAUUCACACAGGGAAUAAACCGUACUCUUGUUAUGAGUGUGGGAAAUGUUUCACAGAUCCCUCGACCCUGAAUGCUCAUCGAAAAAUCCACACAGGGGAAAAGCCAUACUGUUGUUCUGAAUGUGGGAAGUGUUUUGUGCGACCAUCAAGACUCGCUGCUCAUCAAAGAAUUCACACAGGGAAAAGCCUCAAUUUUGUUCUGAAUGUGGCAAAUAUUUCGUAGAUCGCUCAUCCCAUACUGCACGUCGGAAACAUCCUUCCCAUAUAUUCAUAUGGGAGAGAAAACAUACUCCUAUAAUGGCGCAAGGUUCCAUUUGCUCCACAGCUUCAUGUACAGCCCAGAGUUCCUGAAUGAAAUUUGUACAUUUUUUUUUGUAUAUAUUUGAUUCAAACACUGGGCUCAACUACCUGAGAGACACAUGCCGAAUAAAGUUUCACAUGUAUAAAAAUAAAUAAAACUAAUAUUUAAAAAAAAAAAAUAUUGAAACUUUUCCUUCGGCCAUGAUGCAACUACUGGAAGGGCAAUCCACAUGCUGUUUUUAUUAGUCAAGAUAAAAUUCAAUAGCCUUUUAUUCCUUGGACGUAGAUACAUGAGUAGAAGAGACCACGCACCUUUAUCUGACCAGAUUUUACAGAUGGAGGAUUGGAUUAUGUGACACCCAACAGCAUUCCGUCCUGUUGUCUGCAGCUGCAUGACAAGAUUUUGUGGGACAGAUAUUUAAGUCAGUCCUAUUUAUUAUAAUUUGUAGGUCGGAUUCAGUUACUAACGAUGUAAAAAAAUUCUCUUGCGUUUUCUUGCAAAAUCUUUUU